CCCUUCCCCCCCCCACCGGCCCCGCUCCUGCCGCCGCCGCCCCCGCCAUGGGCGCCAGCGGCUCCAAGUCGCGGGGGCUGUGGCCCUUCGCCACCCCGGCGGCGGGCGGCGGCGGCCCCGAAGGCCCCGGCGGGCAGCAGGCCCUGGCCCGGGCGCGGGCCGCGCGCGCCGCCACCCCCUUCGUGUUCACACGGCGCGGCUCUAUGUAUUACGAUGAGGACGGGGACCUUGCUCACGAGUUCUACGAGGAGACAAUCGUCACCAAGAACGGGAGGAAGCGCGCCAAGCUGAAGAGGAUCCACAAGAACCUGAUACCUCAGGGCAUAGUGAAACUAGAGCAUCCUCGCAUUCACGUGGAUUUCCCAGUGAUUAUCUGCGAGGUGUGAGUCCCAGACAUCGCUGCUGCCCGUGGGUGGGAGGCCCUGCCCCACCACCUCCAGCCUCACUGGGCCAGGCUGCAUCGUGUUCCCACUGAGGAGGACUCCAGCCGUGUGGCAGGAUAGUGGCUCUCCUCUCGCCUGGAGGUGAGGCAGGACGGAGCAAGCCUUCGCAGGAGAUGGGUGACUCUGUGCAACGACUGCUUAAAAACAUCCUCGCUUGAGUCAGAAGACUAAAAUACCUUUUGUAGCCUCUAGCCGACGUUUGAUGGGUAACUGGAACUGCAAACAAGCUGCUGUGAUUGAGCUGUGAAAGGGAGAGCAAGCCUGCACUUCUCAUCAGAGAGAAUCCCCUGCUUCUCAGGUACGCGGCCCAGGGAGAGCCAGGGCACGGUAACGCCCUGCCCUGCACCCCGAGGUCCCUGGGGCCCGCAGGUUAGAUGGCCAGUGUUGCAGCAUGUCCCUUUGACACCGGUGUGAUGUGACGUUCCCCUGUGUGGGUUUGUUGAUGGAGGAUAAGCAGAGCAGGCUGAGGGGUCUCAAAGCACAUUGGGCUGGCUGCUGCUCUCCUCUUGGGAAGGGGAUGGAGAUCAGAUGCCACUCUCUUAGACCUCGGUCUCUUCCCCCACUGCGUUUCCCCCCUUCGGCCAGUGCUGGGGAGGUUGGCUUUACUGCUGCCUGCUGGAGAUCUCCGCAGUCCCUGGCCCCUGCUGGUGGCAGCAAGGUCCCAGCUCCGCAGCGGACUUGCCUCCCCCAUUGUCACACUGGCUCCUGCUGAGCGCCGUCCCUCGCCUGCUGCGGGGCUGGGCUGCCGGGCAGCUUCCUCACCCCCGCUGCUGUUUGAACGUACCUCCCUGUAGGCUGGGCCUCGACUGAGCCAAGCAGGAAAGGAAUCCUGUCUUCCUUCCCUGUGCCCCUGAAACAAUCAAUUGGUGAACCUGCCCCGGCUUGGAAAUCUCCCUGGCGAUGUGAACUGUGGUUCCUCCCGCAUCCCAGCUGGUGGCAGGAGGAGAAAUGCAAUGCACUUUAAAGGGAGGCUUUCUGCCCCACCUCGGAAGGUCCUGCUCUUUUCUCCUCUUUCUUCCCACCUAAGAAGGUCGAGGUCUUGGCGGCACCGAAGAACCUCUCACCCCUGUGUGCGUCCAGCUGCUGAGGGAAAGGCCUGAGCCCAAAUGCCCCUUGGCAGCAUGAGGAGCCCCUGCCUCCCUGCUCAGCUGUGCCCGGACCGGGCAGGCAGAGGAGGACCGGCAGCAGGCGCAGCUUUAAAGUGGGUCAGAGCCUACUCCCCACAGCAGCCAGCUCGGCUUUCCUCCUCUUUCGUUCCAGAACUUAUUUACUUUUUAAGCACUUCAGAUGUUUGCUACCUCGAUUUUUAAUUUAAGCUGCUGGCACUUGGCUGCCAGCCCUGUCGGUGUCUACGUUGGAUGUAUCCAUCCCCGCGUCCGCUGAGAGCCGCCCGGGCGCGGGGCCACAUUCCCAGCUUCGGGGAGAUAACAGCGACGUACGUGGCUGUUGCUGUCUUCCUGUCACCACCUCUUCCCUUCACGUCCCUCCACCCGCGGUUCCCAUCGACAGGAGCGAGCACACAGGGUGAAAUGGAUGUGCUGGCUGCCACCAGGAAAGUGGAAGGGCAGGGCUCAUCUACACUGUGAUGCUGGGCACUUCUUUCGACAUCUUUUGUUCUGCUUGCUUGAAAGAGUCUUGUCUUAAAACAAUCCCUCACUGAA